CACAAUCAAACUACCGCAACACCCGCCACUAGUACUACCACUGCAACUACCGCAACCACCGCUACUACUACUACUACUGCAAGCUCCGUUAUAGAUUAUCACCAGCAGCAGUAGCAGCAGCAGCAGCAACCUCUACACGUAUAGUCAAGUCAGCCACCAUUUAAUUCGCUCGCCUCCCCCUGCUUCGUGUUACCCCCUUAUAUUAUUAUUAUUAUUAUUAUUAUUAUAACACUGCAGUAUAUAGAAUUCUUAAUCUUCUCACACGCUCGCUCCUCCACCCGAAACUCCUGACGACGACGACAACAACAACAACAACAACAUCAUCAUCAUCGUCAUCAUUAGCAGCAGCAACAACAACAAGACUUUCCAUUGCAUGAUCGGCUUACCACGUGAUAGGUUUUUCCUACCCACCACUUUUAAGAUAGAGCAAAAUAUCUCUCCUCUGCUCUGCUCUGUCCCGUCGCACAUUGCAAGACCCGAGUUUAAUAAGGUAUUGUUUGCUGUUUUCAAAAGACAGAAACUUCAGUUACUGAUCUUAGAAAAUUGGAUAGAUACACUUGUGCAAAGAAAGCAACUUUGAUUCUUUGGGAUUUUGCCAACUAUACUCAAGUGACCAACAUUUAAAAGAAGGAGCAAUUACAUUUGGGUUCCAACAAUGGCUUCUUGUCUUCUUGUCACCGUAAUUCUCUGUGUCCUGAUAACCACUGUGACAAUAAUAGUUUCUUUCACCACACCUAGUUGGGUUCUUUAUCCAACUUUCAGUGAUUCAAAUAUACUUUCUCCAAAGGAAACUGUAUGUCCUUGCACCACAGUGUUCCAAAGUUGUGAUUGUGGAUUAUGGCUUUACUGCAGAGAAUCGUCUUCACUCUCGGACAAUUGCCAAUGGUUUUUGAGCAAUGACUUUGCUCUGGAGAAAGAACUCCCAGUUUGGUUCAAGGCUGUUCAAGCAUUGAUGGCUCUUGGAGCAUUCCUCAGUCUCUUGGCUUUGAUCAUAGCACUCAGUUCCCUCUGCUGCUUCUGCAAGAGCUGUAACUUACACCGAGCUGCAAGUGGACUCAUGAACUUCUGCUUCUUGAUCCUGUUAUCUGCUGUUUGUACAUUUGGUGCCAUGUGUCACACACAGUACGACGUGUCGCUAACCAAAGACAACAUGUUCUCUAGCACUUUUGGAUGGAGUUUCUGGCUUGCAGUCGGUGCCACUGGUAUGUCACUCCUCAGUAGUCUACUCUAUUGCGGGGUCAGCUGCUCCGAUUCAUCAAACGCAAUCUAAGGGCUCCAACUUCAAUGAAGCAGAACCAUGAUUUGGUACAAAUCUUAACCAUCAACUACAAACUGUCUAGCAUUUAUAUAUCACCAGUACCAGUCUGAUAUCUGCUAUUGACCCUUUUGGGGGGUCAUGAGAAUUCUACCCUACAUCCUUCUCUUCUGUUUUCUAUUCUCUUAUCCAUCUUGAACUCUCUCCUUGGUAAUCUCAGUAUAUGUGCCUGCUGCCAUUUUUGGACCAUCAUACACUUCUGUUCUGUACUUAUAUAUAUAUAUAUUUUUUUGUUGAAAUACAUGAAAGUACCAUGUUUCUCUCUGAUACUUAAUCCAGCCUCAUCAGCCGGUGUCAGAAAGUUGUUGCUACCAACUUUGGGUUCACAACGCCUACUCAAAGAAAAACAAACAAAAAUAUGCAUCCGAAAGCUCAAUCAUAGAACGUGAAGUCUUUGUGGUAACUUGAUUGUUUCAACAUA